CUUUCAUUCCUUCCUUUAUCACCCCUUUUGUCAAUAUAACACCAACCCUCUUCCCUGAUCUCUUCCUCUUUCACUCUGCUCUAAUUCCUUGCUCGUUCGUAUCCUUUAUCACCCAUUCUCUUAUCAGUUCCUCUCUCUCUUUCUAAGCACUCUUUAGAAAGCCUUUCUCCCACGAAGGCACCAAGGCUAAAAUAAUCUUCCAAUGGCUACAGAUGUGUCUCGCUGGAAAGAAAUGCUGGACAAUUCAAUGUCCGGCAACUUCUUGAGUGAAAAUUUGAUCGAUAUCCAUUUACGGUUACCCGUCAAGUCUAUUGUUCGAUUUAGGUGUGUUUGCAAAUCAUGGUGCACUCUAUUCGAUGAUCCCGAUUUCAUUAGUAUGCAUCUCAGGCAGGCCUCUGCAAGCAGUAAUGGUCGUCUGCUCUUUAAACAUCUGUCCAGCUCUGAGCAAGAAAUUUACUCCUUACGAAGCAACAUAGCUUUUGCGGAAGUGCGCAGACUGGAAGUACCCGUUCCAAGCAAGACAGAUUAUUACCAAAUAGUGGGAUCCAGCAAUGGGUUGAUUUGUCUGACGGAAUCUAACUUCAAGGGUUCAUAUCUCAGCCUGAACACAUUUCUCUGGAACCCAGCUAUUCGAGAAUUUGAAACCCUGCCAAAAUAUCAUAUCAACAAUUUCACAAGUCCGCUCAUGGUGGUGGGUCUGGGGUUUGCAUUUCACCCAGUGAUCAACGACUACAAAGUGGUAAGAAUAGUGUAUUUUAUGAGAAAUAAAACAUCCGAAGCUGAUCUCUACUCGCUAAGGACAGGGUCGUGGAGGAAAGUGGAUGCCAAUAUCUGCUGCUACAUCCACAGUAACGUGUCACGGACAUUUAUCAAUGGAGCUUUACAUUGGUUGGCAGGUAAGAAAAAUGAGAUGGACAAUACUGAUAAUUUGAUCCUAUCGUUUGACAUGGCUAGGGAUGUUUUCAAGGAGAUGAUGCUGCCGGACUUCGGCUAUGACGAGCUGAUCCGCAAAUGUCUUGCAGACUACAAGGGUUCCCUUUCUGUCUUGUUUUAUGACGCCUAUCACAGCAAUGAAAAUUGUGACGUGUGGGUAAUGGAGGAGUACGGUGUUGCCAAGUCUUGGACUAAACACUUUACCAUCCGCCAUGAGAUUGAAAUUAUUAUACCAUUCGAGUUCUUCGAUAACGGGGAGGCUAUACUCCAGAAGAAGAAGAGUGGAGGAUUUAUUUCAUGGGACCCGGAUGGGAUCAGGUUCAGGGAUCUUGGAGUUUCAGGGCCUGCUCGUCUGGUUGAAUACAUGGAGAGCCUGGUUUCACCUAGGGGAGGGAAUGGAUCAGCCGGGCAGCUUCUUUUCUAUAGUACUUCAGCUUCCACCACCCCUGGUUCUACUAAGGAGAUUGACGUCGGGGUUAAAGAAGGUGAGGUGGAGGGAGAAGAUGAAGCGAGUAGAAGAUCCAGCAAAGGCAGUGUUUGAUAGAAGUAUAGUUAUGUUAUUUUGCCUUACAACUCAAGGCGGUAUGUUUUUCUUUCUUUUGUUUCCUUUUCUUUUUGUUGGCGGAAAUAUGGUAUGUUAUCUUAAGGUUGUAGUAAAUUUCAAAAUCUAGUUUCUGUAUUUGUUGCA